GAGUGAUUCUGAGGCCUGGGUUUAUAUACGGGACUCGAACUGUUGGGAGCAUGAAGAUACCCCUUGGUGCAAUUGGAUCUCCAAUGGAGAUGGUUCUCCAACAUGCAAAGCCAUUGAGCCAGAUCCCACUUGUUGGACCUCUAAUGACACCUCCGGUCAAUGUUACGUCAGUUGCAAAAGUCGCGGUUAGAGCUGCAACGGACCCUGUUUUCCCUCCCGGUAUCAUUGAUGUUUAUGGAAUUCAACGGUAUAGUCAGCACAAAUCAAAGUAGAAAUUUUUUUCCACAUUUUUUUUACUUCACUCGGAGCGGUUUGCUUCUACCAGAUGCCAUCUCUUUCACGGAAUAAUGUCUGAAAGGCGUGUGUAUGUAACCAUAGAUGUUUCUUUCCGAUUUCUUUAGUUUCAGCAUUCAUAAUCUUCUUUUUCAACAAACUCUGUUGCCUGAAGUGGGUUUGAAUAUACUUUAUAUCUUGUCAGAGAGGGAGAGAUUUUGAUGAACGUAAACGUGUUGUACGCUUUCAAAAUUUUCAAGGUAAAUAAAACAAUCACUUCACACUUCAUGCAUAA